UCGGUCCCGUCAUUUACUCACCGUUUGUUUGACUGUAAUGUCGGAUUGGGAAGCAGAUAACGACGAGGACCCGCCUCAGACAAAUCCCUCAGCGGUGCAGCGGGAGUGGGUGCCAACGGUGUCUUGGAAAAGCAGCCUUUCGGGGGGAGAAAGGAACUGGGGGACAAAACCUCGUGUGACAGCAGAUCGAGGAGGCCCUCAGUGGGAGAACUGGAGGGAGACCGACAGGAGGGGCGAUAACUGGGGAAGGGCACCAGCGAGGGGUGGCGAACGUGAACGAUUUUGCGGGGGAAGAGGAGGCCUAACGUGGAGAAGCGGCGAUAGGGAUGCGGGAUCUACUUCACCCCUCUCGUUUAACGUCGACAGCUCCAUGGUUGGAGCUGUAAUAGGUCGUGGCGGUGCUAAAAUCCGCGAACUUGAAGAAAACACAGGAGCGAGAAUCAAGAUAAAGCGAGGGAACUAUGAAGGUGAAGUGAAAAUCUUUGGAAGUAGUGAAGCCCAAAUCAAAGCCAAAGAGCUGAUUGAUGAACUCAUUGAAAGGAAUUCAGAAAGCGGCCGGAUCUCUAGGAGCACGUUUGGUGAUGGCAAAAGGAAUGGAUCCUGCUGGGGCGCUCCAGUCCAGAGUACAGAACCACUACUUCCUAUUGACUGGGCCGCCAUACGAGAGAACCGUACCAAGUAUGCCACUAUGAAGUGGGAAGAUCUCCCACCAAUUAAUAAAGAAUUGUACACAGAGGUGAAGAGUGUGGCUAAUUUGACUCCGGGGGAAGUGGCCACAUGGAGAAAAGAAAACAAUAAUAUUAUUGUUGAUGACUUGAAGGAAGGUGACAAGAGGCCCAUUCCAAACCCAGUGCGUACGUUUGAGGAAGCCUUUCAGCAGUACCCCCGAAUCAUGGAUAACAUCAUUAGAGUGGGUUUUCAGAGACCAACGCCCAUUCAGUCACAGGCCUGGCCAAUUGUGCUUCAGGGAUUUGAUCUAAUUGGCAUAGCCCAGACUGGUACUGGAAAAACCUUGGCCUAUCUUUUACCCGGCUUUAUUCAUUUGGAUUCGCAGCCCAUUCCAAGGGAAAAACGAGAAGGUCCAGGGAUGCUGGUCCUUACUCCAACUAGGGAGCUGGCUCUCCAGAUAGAGGCGGAGUGCAGCAAGUACAGUUACAAAGGAAUUACAAGCAUUUGUAUUUAUGGAGGAGGAGACCGUCAGUCACAGAUAAAAGUGGUUACAAAAGGAGUUGACAUUGUUAUUGCAACUCCUGGAAGACUCCAUGACCUUCAGAUGAAUGGGUUUGUGAAUCUGAGGAGCAUCACUUACUUGGUAUUAGAUGAGGCAGACAGGAUGUUGGACAUGGGAUUUGAACCUCAGAUAAUGAAGAUAAUCCUUGAUAUACGGCCAGACAGACAGACAGUGAUGACCAGUGCAACUUGGCCUCCUGGUGUUCGUCGCCUUUCAAAGUCUUACCUCAAGGACCCGAUGAUGGUGUAUGUAGGAACUCUGGAUUUAGCGGCUGUGAACACAGUUGAACAGGGUGUUUUGGUUAUUGCCCAGGAGGAGAAGAAAGCUUUUACACUUGAGUUUGUUCAGAAUAUGAUGCCAGAAGAUAAAGUCUUAAUUUUUGUUGGGAAAAAGAUUGUUGUCGAUGACCUAUCUAGUGAUUUCUGUCUACAAGGCAUCCCAGUACAGUCCCUGCAUGGAGACAGGGAGCAGUGUGACCGGGAGCAAGCGCUAGAUGACUUUAAAAAAGGUAAGGUGAGAAUACUGAUAGCUACUGAUCUGGCAUCCCGAGGACUUGAUGUGCACGACAUCAGCCAUGUUUUCAAUUAUGAUUUCCCAAGAAACAUUGAGGAGUAUGUCCACAGAGUGGGGCGCACCGGAAGGGCAGGUCGCUCGGGUGUUUCACUGACUCUUGUGACCAGAAACGACUGGAAGGUGGCUUCUGAGCUCAUUAGUAUUCUGGAACGGGCAAAUCAGGUUGUCCCUGAAGAAUUGGUGCUGAUGGCAGACCGAUAUGAGAAGCAUCGACUGGAGAAGCAGAGAGAGCGGGAGCUGGUGGAACCUCGUGGGGGAGGCGGUGGCAGGAGGGGGAAAGAUGGAGACGGAUAUGGGGGUCGCUCCAACAGGAGGUUCUGACCUGGUAAGAAAAUGAAGGAAAGUUGGCACCCAUUUAUUGUUAUUGUUCAGCUGUAAAUGUCAUUCAGGGUACUUGACGUUGUUACCAUUGUCAAGUGCUUUGAAUCUUUUUUUUGUUGUUUUUUCCCCUGUAAAAACAAAGGCCUAAAAUGUAAUUCAAUAACUUUCCGUCAGGGAUUUCCCUAAACUUGUUUCUUGAACCAAGUUAAAUGAAGUUUUGAUUUAAGUUCAACGUGUUAUACAUCCAGUUCAAGGUUGAUUUGAACUUGGCUCUGUAUAAAGAAAUGAGUUAACAGAUGCCCAGUUAAAUGGGAAUUCCUUUCUAGACCUACAUUUGAAAAACACAAUGUAAACACUGUUACAUGGAAUGUCUAAGCAUUUACAUAUUGGACAUCAGGACAACAUUGUACUGUGGAAAAGUGGUGGGGACCGCUAUGGUUUCCAUGUUCCUAGUUCUGACAAUUUUCAGAUGCCGACCUUAUUUGUAACUUGAACACGAACCUGAUGUACCCUCACCAUGUCACCCUAAAUUCUCUUUCUCUUUUAUUAACCCUCAUUCUCUUCUAAUUAUGGUUGAUGGCUUCUUUAUAUACUUCGUGCCUUUCCUUGUGUAAUAGUUACAGGGCUCUCCCCAGGUCUUUUCAGCCAGCAAAGUGACUGAAAAAAACCUCCUGGCUGAAAAAAACCUGAUUCGCCCGU